GCAGUCCCAGUUGUUUACAUUAUGAUGACCUCGUAAAUUAGCAGCAUUAGAAGCGUUCUUUGUUUAUCCAUUUAUUUUUGAGAUCAGUGCUUGCAAGGCAGAAGUUAUCAAAUUUGCUCAUGAAAAAAUUUCUCCAAGAUCAGCUUGAAUUCAGGGUAUACGAUAUAGUAUAGGUACCGUACCCCGAAUUUCUUCGAACCACAAAGAAGGUUUAACGGAGUAGAUACAUCUGUAUUUUCGAACAGCUGGGGUGUACACUGAGUGUGGGUGUGACCGGUGCUUUUUUGAACGCACCCAUGGAGAUCCGGCUUUCAGUUAUUCCGCUGUUUGUUCUAAUUUUUUAUUUGAUUUAAAAUUUAGUUCGUAAUUUAUUAUUUUUCUCUUCUGCUACUUUGAAAUAAUACACAAAAAAUAAUUUCGAAAACAAGUCAAAAACUUUCAGCACCGCGCCACCGCGCGCAUGACUUUCAUUGGGCGACAGCCGUUAAAGCGAAGGCAUCAGCCAAUAGCAUCUACACACGAGUCACACGACCACGAGACACGAGUGAACAUAACCUCAACCUCAUAAUCCACAUCUGCGCAUUCUGCAAUUCCGCAUCAAUUUCAAUUUCAAUAGGUGCAGCGCAGCGUAUUGUCGUCGUUUUAUUUACAUUCAACAAUUUGAGCAUAUAUUUUCCAAUAUCAUCAGGCCCUAGACCAUUCCAUUCAGUAUGAUGCCCACAAGCUCGGCUUCCCCUGUUUUGCCCCUCUCUGCAAAGUCCAAAACAUCAUCAAGGAAUAUGAAACCGAAUUAUACACUCCAUUUAACACUUAUUGGACACACCCGAGCACUUUCAUCCGUAAAAUUCAGCCCUAAUGGAGAAUGGUUGGCAAGUUGUUCAGCGGAUAGGACGAUCAAAAUUUGGGGAGCUUAUGAUGGCAAAUUUAAGAAAAUUAUCGCUGGCCAUCAGUUCGGUGUCAAUGAUGUAGCUUGGUCAAGCGACAGUCGUCUCUUAGUCUCAGCUUGUGACGACAGCACGUUAAACAUAUGGGAUGUAGAAUCCGGCAAGUCCCUCAAAACUUUAAAAGGUCAUAGUCACUAUGCGUUUUGCUGCAGCUUCAAUCCCCAGUCUAACCUUAUAGUAUCUGGUUCACUCGAUGAUUCUUUGAAGAUAUGGGACGUGCGCAAUGGAAAAUGUCUCCAAACUUUGUCGGCUCAUUCUGAUCGUAUCACUUCGGUAGACUUCAACCUAGAUGGUUCUCUAAUUGCUAGUAGUAGCCAUGAUGGGUCGUGUCGAAUUUGGCACACUGGCGCUGGAAUGUGCUUGAAAACACUGACUCCGAGAAAGAAUUGCCCAGUUUCCACUGUCAAAUUUUCACCAAAUGGAAAAUAUAUCCUAACUGCUACUUUAGAUAACACCCUAAAGUUGUGGGAUUGUGUCAAGGGUAAGUACGUGAAAACUUACUCUGGGCACAAUAACGAGAAAUAUUGCAUUUUUGCAAACUUCUCUCCUGAAGGAAAAUGGAUUGUUUGUGGAUCGGAGGAUAAUAUGGUUUAUAUUUGGAAUUUACAUACAAGAAAAAUAGUACAGAAAUUACAGGGUCACAGAGACACAGUAAUUGGAACGGCAUGGCACCCGACAGAAAAUAUAAUCGCAUCAGCAGCUUUAGCAGAAGACAAAACCAUAAAACUGUGGAGAAGCAAUUGUUAAAUUUAAGCUACCAGUUAAGGUUUCUACAAUAUUUUAAGUUUUAUAUUUUCUUUUCUUGUUAUCACUUUGUGUUUGUUCAAAAAGCUUACAUUUCUUCAAGUUGGAUCUUAAAUUUUUGAUUUAAAACCCAAAAGUUAAUUGAAAAUAUAUAAUUGGUUAUUACACCGCGUAAAAAAAUAAUUGUGCAACUUUUUCAAUCAUUGGUAUCAUUCUUUCCCUAGACUCUAAGCAACAGUGUUAACUGUACCACCAAUAAAACCUUGGUCUGAGGUUUCCUCAAACCUACAUCAAAAAAUGUUGGCUUUUUGAAUUAACUCAUAUCAGCUCAAACUAGAAUUAAUAAUUUAGAAUAAGAGUUUUUUUAUUUCAUUUAUCACUUCCAAAUUGUUGGACACUGAUAACGUUUUGUAGUUUAGUUUUAGUUUUUAGUUUUAAUUUUCCCCAGAAAAUGGAGGGUUCAGUUAUAGACGUCAAUGCAAGGCUUAAUUUAACUAGCUAUUUUUUUGAGUUGUAUUUGAUACACAUACAAAAAAUAAAAAACCCUAGGUCGUUUUUACGUCAGAUACUACUAAUAAAAUGGUAUUUUUAUAUUUGAUAUAAUUUUUUGAAUACCUAUGUAAAACGGUAAAGGCCUGUUCUAUUUCUAUUGAAGAAAUAAAGUUGUAUUAAUAGAUUUUAUAAAAUCCACCAUUUUCUAUUUGGACCUACACCAAAGAAUGCUAGCUUUUUGAAUAAACUCAUAUCAUCUCAAACUAGAAUUAUUGAUUUAGAAUAAGUGUAUUUUUUAUUUUAUUUAUCACUUCCAAGCAGUGUUGGACACUGAUAACGUUUUGUAGUUUAGUUUUGGUUUUUUAGUUUUCAUUUUCUCGCAGAAAAUGGAUUCAGUUAUAGACAUGAGUUGCACCUGAUAAAUUUAAAUUAAUUAGGUAAUACACAU